GUCCUGUUUCUACAUUCAGAAUCUGAUUGUCUCACUGUUCCCCUUCCUUUUCUUGAUUUCGUUUGUUUCUUUGCUCUGUGUCAAAUAACAGAAACACAAGCAAAUUUUUUCUAACUGGGAUUCUUGGAAUUUGACUUGUCUCUCCAUAUCAACAUGCCAAGAAACUCGGAUUUUCUUCUUUAUAUCUGUUGUUUCCUCUACAUCACCUAGAAAAAACACAGGUUUCUGCUUUCAUCCCAUUGACCAUUCUUUUGCCGGCAUCAGUUCUUGAUUUUUUUUUUCUUCUUACUAAUCUGUUCUUGGAGAGUGCGAGGCGAGAAUUUGUUCAAGAAAAUAGAAGAGAGUUGUAUCCUGUCAUAAUUUCAGGAGUGGAGAAAUUUGUUCCAUAUAUGAAGUGGUGAAACAAUGAGAGAUGGAAACUCUAGGAAAAAGUUUUCAUGGCCUAAGACACUAGUCAAGAAAUGGUUCAACAUCAAAAGCAAAAAUGAGGAUUUCCAUGCUGAUGACAUCAUUUAUGGAGGUGUUGAUGAAGAAUGGAGGAGCAAUUUCUCAGAGAGGGAGGCAUGCACCAUCAAGAAAAGUAAAACCACAGAGAAAUCAACAAGACGAAAUACUGACCGUGCCCGGCGAAGUAAAAUUGACCUUGAUGCCUCCCAGAUUACUGAUGUGCAUAACUACAGGAUGUUUGUGGCUACGUGGAAUGUGGCUGGGAAAUCUCCACCUAGUUACUUAAAUCUUGAAGAGUGGCUACACACCUCACCUCCUGCUGACAUCUAUGUCCUGGGGUUUCAAGAAAUUGUUCCUCUAAAUGCUGGUAACGUUUUGGGCACAGAAGAUAAUGGUCCUGCCAGGAAAUGGCUGGCCCUUAUUCGAAAAACUCUAAACAGUCUUCCUGGAAGUAGUGGUACUUGUCGUACACCGUCCCCGAUUCCGAAUCCAAUUGUUGAACUGGAUGAUGACUUUGAAGGAUCAAAUAGAGAGAAGGCGUCCUCUUUCUUCCACCGCCGUUCUUUCCAGUCAUUGAGCCGUAGCAUGAGGAUGAUGGAAAAUGACAUUUCAAUGCCACAGCCUAGACUUGAUCGUCGAUUCAGUGUCUGUGAUCGGGUGAUCUAUGGAAAUAGACCAAGUGAUUACUAUGAUCCAAAUGGCAGGUGGGAUGGUUCCUCUGACGAUGAAAACGGGCCGAGUUAUUCGCCUUAUGCACACUACUCUCCUGUUUCAUAUAACGCUUCUUUAUCUCUGGAGGAAAGAGAUAGACAUCCAGGGCAGUCGAGGUAUUGCUUAGUUGCAAGUAAGCAAAUGGUAGGGAUUUUUCUCACAGUAUGGAUAAAGAGUGAUCUAAGAGAUGCCGUUCGAAAUUUGAAGGUGUCUUGUGUUGGCAGAGGGUUGAUGGGCUAUCUCGGAAACAAGGGUUCGAUUUCAAUUAGCAUGUCUUUGCACCAAACGAGCUUCUGCUUCAUUUGUAGUCACUUAACUUCUGGCGAGAAGGAUGGGGAUGAGCUGAGAAGGAACUCCGAUGUCAUGGAAAUUUUGAGAAAAACAAGGUUUCCCCGAGUUCAUGGCAUGGGGGAUGAGAACUCUCCUCAAACCAUUCUCGAGCAUGAUCGAAUCAUAUGGUUAGGGGACUUGAACUACAGAAUCGCCCUCUCGUACCGAUGUGCGAAAGCCCUUGUUGAGAUGCGCAACUGGAGAGCUUUGUUAGAAAAUGACCAGCUCCGGAUAGAGCAGAGACAUGGGAGAGUUUUUGCUGGAUGGAACGAGGGGAGAAUAUACUUUCCUCCUACAUACAAAUACUCAAAUAACUCUGACAGAUACGCUGGGGAGAACAUGCACCCGAAAGAGAAACGACGAACGCCCGCAUGGUGUGAUCGUAUACUAUGGUAUGGUCGGGGACUGCAACAACUAUCGUACGUUCGUGGGGAGUCUAGAUUUUCCGAUCAUAGACCAGUGUACAGUAUAUUCUUGGCAGAAGUUGAGUCCAUAAACCGUAGCCGAAUCAAGAAAAGCAUGAGCUAUUCCAGCUCUAGAGUUGAAGUCGAAGAGUUGCUGCCGUACUCGCAGGGAUAUAAUCAACUAAAUUUCCACUGAGGAAGGAUUCACAUUUGAGUACUGUUAAUCCCACUUUGGAUCUUAUGUUGGCACCUGAAGAAAACAAGCUGCUAAGCAUUUAGGGAGUGUACCUGAGAGUUCAUGGUUCGGACAACUCCCUUGUUGAUUCAACAUACUGAUAGAGAUAUGGUUAAAAGAUGCUAACUCAUUCAAUUUCUUCCUUGCUUGUUUCGUGUAUGUAAUAAAUGUGGCAUCACGAACAAGAAUUUUGAGGUUGUGGCGAAUAAUGAGGAUCGCUGUCGCAGUCGGAAAAUAACAAGGGCUUCAAUGCAGAUACACUCAUUCUUGUAGGAAAACUGUAAAUAUUCGAAAAUUUUGGACAUUUUAGAUCAUCAAUUACGGUAGGGAUCGAUGACCGUCUCAUAGCGAUAAUAGUUGAAAUCGCGCAGAAUAGGACCUACCAUGAGAAUAUAUGCAAGCAAGGACAUUUUACUGAAGAAGAAAUGAAUGCAAAUUCUUUAUGAAUGGUGAAUGUGAUUUCAUUGCCCUUUGUCCAUACAAACUUGUUGUCUUUGUCCUUACAGUAGCCUAGUACAGAAUCUAUUCAGUGACUCACAAAAGAACUUAACUUGGACAACACAUUAUUGAAUGGGUUUCAACAGAAGGAGAUAAUUGUACCAAAAGGUGAGUGAGUAGAAUCAUUUCAAGAAUUGGUGGUAAUAAGGGCUUUUAACUUUAACUUUUCUUUUUCUUUU